AUGAAUGAGAAGAUAAGUUUUAAACAGUUGUAUGUUUUUACAGUUGCAGAAGAAGAGUAUAUAGCGGGGCAGCUUUCAAUAUUGCAAGAAAAAAUAGAUCAUCUUGAACGCCUUUUGGCAGAAAAUAAUGAGAUUAUUUCAAACAUACGAGAUUCUGUGAUCAAUCUGAGUGAAUCAGUAAAAGAUGGUCAAAAGAAUCCAGUGGCUAUAAACUUCAGUCAAGGAUCCCAGUCGGAGCUCUUUCCUUCCACUCCCACUCUGCUUUCAGUUGAUUCUGAGGAUUGCUUGUUUGCUACAAAGAGUGGAAGUCAUAGUUCAGAUGUGCAGAUGUUGGAUGUCUAUGACAUUCUUCCUUUUGAUAAUCCAGAUGGUGGAGUUUGGAAACAAGGAUUUGAUAUUACCUACAAUGAAAAUGAAUGGGACAAUGAACCUCUUCAAGUUUUUGUUGUGCCUCACUCACAUAAUGACCCAGAAUUUAUAGUAAAGGUUUGCUCUAUUUAUUUAAUUCCAGAUUUGGGAUCCAGUACAGAUAUCCUUUGCCAUAUGAUGCCUUUCUAUAGCUAUGAUAUUCCUCAUACUUGUGGUCCAGAUCCAAAAAUCUGCUGCCAGUUUGAUUUCAAACGUCUUCCUGGAGGAAGAGUUAGCUGUCCAUGGAGAGUUCCACCUGAAGCCAUUCACUCUGGAAACAUUCAACACAGGUACAAUUUUUUCCCUUAUAUUUUUACAGAUCCACCUACUGUAAGAGUUGCUCGAGGAAGAAUUUUCUCAGAAGUUGUAUGUUUUUUCCACCAUGUGACACAUACCAUGCGACUCUAUAAUGUCCAGGGUUUGGAAGGCCAGUCUCUUGAGGUUUCCAAUAUUGUGGAUAUCAGAGGAGAAUAUAAUCGUGAGCUUGCAAUGAGAAUUUCAUCUGACAUAAACAGUCAAAAUAGAUUCUAUACUGAUCUUAAUGGAUAUCAGAUCCAGCCCAGACUGACGAUGAGCAAAUUGCCUCUUCAAGCAAAUAUCUAUCCUAUGACUACAAUGACUUAUAUCCAGGAUUCUGGUUUUCGUUUGACACUUCAUUCAGCUCAGUCUCUAGGCGUUGCAAGCUUGAAAAAUGGCCAAUUGGAAGUAAUCAUGGAUCGUCGACUUAUGCAGGAUGACAACCGUGGCCUUGGACAGGGUGUCCAAGAUAACAAGAUUACAGCUAAUGUCUUCCGACUUUUGCUAGAAAGAAGGCAUGGAACAGAUGUGAAUGAAGAAAAGGCAUCUGUCAGUUUUCCCUCACUUCUUAGCCACAUGACGUCAUCUUUCUUAAAUCAUCCUGUAAUUCCAAUGACAACAAAUGCAGAUUCAGGUGUCCCAGAGAUGCUGAAUACUUUUUCUCCACUCAUGUCAUCUAUGCCUUGUGAUAUGAAUAUAGUUAAUCUGAGGACAAUCCAAUCAAAGGUAAGAUCAAGCAGCUUUUUAAUCAACAGUUUUAUUAAUAUAGUCCAAUCAAGUGCUUUACAUUUUGGAGAUAAAAUUGAAGUAAAGGUUAAGGUACGUAAUGUAUUUUAUAAUUUAUUUAUUUAUUUUCUGCAGGUAAAGGUGCAUAAACUCUUCAACAAAUUCCAUGUGGAAAGUCUUACGCCUGCAUCUUUAUCUUUGAUGCAUUCACCUCCAGAUGCCAGAAAUAUAAGUGAAAUAAAUAUGAGUUCCAUGGAGAUAAAUACAUUCCGGAUUCGACUAAGAUGAAGUCUGGAUGUAAUACUCAGAUAGAGAAGAGGAAUCUGCAAUUAUCUCCUCAAAAUUUUACGUGCAAUAAGAAGCACAUUAUUACUAUUCCAGCUUCUGGAUACUGUGAGAAAAACAUGCAUUGUCUAAUUUUUAUUUUUUUCUUACCAACACAGUGAAAAGCCAUGUUGCAAGCAACUUUAUUUUUUUCAUAAAAUGCCAACAUCAGUAUAAGUUAACACAUUAGUGCAACAAGUGAAGAAAUUUAUAAGGAUGUUAACCUCUCAACAGAUUAAAUCUCAGGUUAAAUGCUAAUUAUGUUUCUGGUGUUUUAAUUUUCCUAAGAAGGGGAUUGGGUUUUAAACAGCUUUCUUUGCAGAUUGCCGAUAAAUUUAUGUAUAAAUAGUUCAGUGUAGAAAGCCCUGAUUCAAUUUUGAAACAAAACACAAUAAAAUGUACUUGUUACUAGCUGAUUUCCAAAAACAUGCAAUCAUUUAAAUGAAUGACAAUAAUGUCAAAUUAUUCCACAAUUAAUUUCAAUUUAUUCAACAAAAAGGGGAUCUUUAAUUGUGGUAAAAUGAAAGCCUGUAGUACUUGUGACAAGUGGUGGUAGAUUUUAAUACAUCUGCCAUUCACCUGAAUUAUGUAAAUAGGAAAACAUGAACCUACAAAAUAAUUUUGCAGUGGAAACAUUUAAUAAAACUCCCUUUUUGUUACUUGACACACUGGGAUAUGUGCAAUUAUUCCAUUAUGCGUGAUGAGAAAUGUCCAUGCUUAUCAUGAUUACAAGAUUUUUUAUAAAACUCAUUUAGAUAUCAAUGUUCUCUGAAGUGAGUUUUCUAUUUCAAGAUUACCAUAUCAAGAUAAAUGUGCCUUAUUUUUUGAUAUGUCUUGUUAAAAUUUUGGUGUCUAUGUUAAUGUUUUUUGGGGAAAGGUAGUUUAUAUAAUACUUAAGCUGUGUAUCUCCUGUUUGACAAUGCUGGCCACACUCUGAUCUAUGUCCUCCUGCACCAAGUUUGUACUAUCUCAUUCUGAGCAACUAUUUGAAUGUAUUAAUAUGAUGUCAUAAUAUGAAACAGACAAAAAUUACUGUAAAAUCUAAAUUCAGCUGCUUUCAAGGAAAUUGCAAUUCGGCGCAGAAAGUUGAUAAUAAGCAAGACAUAGUUUGCAAACCCAUCAAAACGUGUGCUUGCCUGUCACAGACUCUGUGACCUGUGCAUUCAGAAUCAUGUGCCUAUAUUUUAAGCAUAAUUUCUCAAACUUGUAACCUCAGUUACAUUACCAGUGUUCGCAUGUUCACAUUACUGAAGAAUGAAGUCUUACUUUUAGCUUUAUUUCCACAUAUUAACUAAUUCAUAUUUAGUGCUGAAGCCAUUCAAGUGUGAAAAAUACUCCCUAAGUAGAGAUACUGUUUACAGUUAACACACAUAAAGAUACACUUGAGUGUUAUCCCAUUUACUAGUCUUCAUAUAUCUUCUUACCUUUUCCAUCUCUUGUUUAUGCCUUUCAAACUUCAUUGCUUAUCUUCAAUACUAUUGCAUGAAAAGUCAUUGUAACUGGUAAAAAGGUGUGCUAUUUUCUAACUCUAAUAAUACCUACCGUAUUUAAUACCAUCGUUAUUGAUCCGUGAUUUAUUAGAUGAUAUCUUGUAGCUGCAGGCUAUCUUAAAAUGAAUGUGAAGCUCUAAUUUUGUGCAUUGUCAUGGGUUGGGUCUCCAUCAGGAUUGCGUAGAUUUGCCCUAUUUGAUUCAAUCUACUGUAUACUCUGUAGUUAGUGGAAAACUUAGCAGGAUGUGGUGCAAGUUAUGUAAAAAAAUAUAAGAAAAACUAACCACAAAUGAAAGAAUCAGAGAGAUCCAAGAAAUUGAUGUUUUCAUGCAAUAAACAUGUACUGUAAGUUUUUCUGAGCUAUAGUAAUUGAAAAUACUUCUGUUGUUGUUGGAAGUCAAAGCUCGGUAGACUCGGCAGCAGAAGGUUCUCAUAAUGUUUAUUUUAUUGCAUUGUUAGAAUUAAAAUGCUUCAGAGACUUCUGUUUGUUCUGUGCAAGAGAGCUUUCAAAAUAUUUCAAGUUUUGUGAAGCAGAAGGGUAAAAUUUUGAUGCAAUAAUGUUUUGAAGUAUUUUACCAUUGGAAUUGCUUCCAAAAGAUCAAAUAGCUUUGUACCUUUCAUCGUCAGCUGUACAAUCAUGAUGCCUGUGUCUUUCUUAACCAGGAGAUUUAGUCAUUGUUCUCUUAUUUUGCAUUGCUUUUUGUGUAGCAACAGAACAGCCUUCAAUCUGGAAUUGAGACAUUCCUGAAAUCUGUAACUAAGUCAAAACUCUGAAGUCUGAAAAUAAAUUUUACGUUAAUUGAUUCAGAAUGUGACUAUUGAUUUUUUUUUUCCAGCAGUUCACAGUAUCGCCUUAUACUAAGUUUUUUGCUAUGAGAUUCCAGUGAAGUUUUUUUCCCUGUGUAUUCACCUUUCAACUUGAUUAUAUUCUUUUCUAUUUUGUAGCUGCUGGUUGUAAAACUACUGGUUAAGAAAACCAAACAUCCUUCCUUUCAUCCAGGAUGGUUUUAAAGACAAUGCUGAAUGAAAAAAUAAAAAGAUUUGAAUCUUGUAAUUAUUUUCCAUACUAGUAAUACCUGUACUGAUUUUUUUAUGUUCCUCUUAAAUGUCUUUGUUUUUACUUACUCAUGUUGUCUGAAACAAACUGAUUUAAAUUGAAGGUUUUUGAUAUUUUGUCUUCGAAGGUUUUAUAUCUUAUGGGGAUAUGUAAAAUAAGAUCUCUAAUAAAAGAUAAUGUUAUUGUGA